AUGUAUCAGGCUGCCACACUCUACACUGAGUUGGGAUUUGACCAUCUCAAGACAACACUUCUCAUGGUUGUUCAGAAUAGUUUUGGUACUUUCUCAGCCAUUUGUGGAACCAUCGCACUCUCUAUCUACAGAAAACGGUCAUGCUUCGUUGCUGCAGCAUCGCUAAUGCCGUCUCUUUCGGUAGCUAUAUCUUUACCUUGGAGUAUUAAGCCGGGUAGUUUGGGUAGAAUGUUCUUGACAAGAACCAUUGGAACGGCCCACAUUUUCGUAUGGUUUGUGAGUCAAACUACGGCUGCUCACAAAAACGUUGACCAGAACACUUCUUUUUAUGAUUGCUUACUCUAUAAGUAA